UUGUGAGCCUCUUUGACGUCACAGACUUUACUGCGCACGCGCAAUCCAUGUCCUUUAACGUGAAUAGUGACCUCCAUCAUUGAAACUGAGCAUUUGCCUAAAAUGAAGUGGUUAAUCGCAACGUUGGUUGGGGCUCUUGCCAUUUUUUUGAUUUUCGACACAGCUGCCUCAAUAAAAUGCUACCAGUGCAACUCCUACUUCCAAAAGACAUGUGCUGACUGGUUUGACAACAGAACUUACAAUCUGGAUCAGUGUCAGGAUGGAGUGAAAAUGUGCAGGAAAAUUGUACAAGAAGUAUACUACAAUGAUGAAUGGAACACCCGGUACAUCCGACAGUGCGCCCCGACCGGAGAGGUAGGGGCCGACGCAGGUCGCCAAUGCCAGGAAAGGACAGGCACUUACAAGGUCAAGAUGCGUUAUUGCCACUGCGACAACCAGGAUGGCUGCAACGGAGCCGGGUCCGUCAACAUUCCCAUUGUCAUGAUGGUCCUGCCAGCGCUUACAGCAAUUUUUAAGAAAUUGUAACCUCAGUGAUUCUCUUUAGUGAUAUAUUUAGAGAUUUUUUUGAUUUUUUUUUAAAUUGUGGACUUUUUUUGGCAUAAGGCAUAAAUCUUUUAAAUUGAAAUCAAAAACUAACGUUAUGCAAAAAAAUGGCUGAUUUUUUUCUUCAGAUUUUUGCUGAUGAUAUUGGUUUGAGAAAAGAUAUAGGCAUUGUUUAAUAAUAUACUUUAUUGUCAAAUAGCUCUUUUUUCAUUUUUGGUAAUGCAAUAACAAAAAAUACUUAAUAAUUUGUUCACAUUCCCAAAUUCAUUUUGUUGCGCUGUUGUGAUAUUUCAAUAUCUUUAACUUUGCUGUAAAGUAACAUCAUGUAACAAGAGUUAUAAAACUAAAACAAUAGACUCUUGUCAAAAGUAGUUAGCAAGGUGCUCUGUCUUGACACCACUAAUGUUUGUUGAAGAAAUGACACCAGAUAAGAUCCUCUUAUAAAUUACUUGUCAAGCGCUGUGGUGAGUUUAUGUGUCAUGCCUGUCAAAAAUCAUGAGAAAAAGAAAGAGCUUUGGUGCAAGAACAAUGUAAAUGCUCACAGACCAACCUUCCUUUUGUAUUCCUUAUAAAAAAGUUUACUUUUGUUAACAUCUUAAAAUUAUGAUAUCCUUUCCAAAAAAGGAAAUAAAUGAAGACGAAUCUUAAUGAAAAGUGAAAAGCAAGCCAAGAUUUAUUCAGGAAAUGAAACACGGUUUGUGAAUGUGUGUGCAAUAUUAAAGUGUGACUGUGAACUGUGUGAAUGUUGUGCAGCAAGCUGCAGUGCGGACAGAAUGCUGUGCGAUAUUUUGUCGGAAUGGGAAUAAGUAUGCCUGAUAUUAUGUUGAAUGCUUUGUAACAACCAUGAUGACUUGCAUCCAGUUUUUUGUUUGUUAUGUGCUUAUUAUGUCUGCUCAUAUGUCGCUCUUAAUUGAAUUAGUCAUGCAUUAAAUGCAUAUUUGUGUUUGUCACAAACACAAAUUUAUUAUUUAUAACGUGCACAUGCAAAAAAAAUUGCGUGCAAGUCAUUGUGGUGAUUUAUUGUUAAAUAAAUAUGUGACUUGUUUUCAGCAAUUUUCGUCCAUUUUAUUUUAUAUUUUUAACUGCUUUGAUAUAUGGAGGUCAAGAAUAAUCAUCAAUUAAUUGUUAUAAAGAUAAUUAAAAAGCAUUUGAUGUCUAUAUACAAUCCUGUUUAACCAUACAAAUACAAUUGAUGUACAAAUUAAUAAAAAUAAAGAACACAAAAUGUAUAACAUAGAUAAAAUCAUGGGUUGUAAUUUUGAUGUAAAUAAUGUAUAGUUUGUUUUUAUACUGUUUAUCAUUUUCAUAGAUUUUAGUAUAUUUAUCUACGAAUGAAACACCACCUCACCAAAAAUGAUACAAUGCAAAUACCAUCUUCUUAAUGUUAAACACAAUUUUUAGUCUAAUAAACAUUGUAUCAUUA